UCUAGUCGGCUUGCUCCGUUUAUCGUUAUUCGCUCUCUGCGCGACAGUUGAACAUACGUUAUUUAACGAGACGAUCCUAUUAAUCGAGUUGCUGUUAACCACUGUGUGUCAACGGGACGACGCCAGUCGACGCCAUGAUGGACGGAAUAUGUGACACCACUGACAUUUUAAAUAGCGUUCCUCCUAAGAAGACAAUCCAUGCUGAUACCAUAGACCUCUCGGAUAAGUCCCUGCAGGUAGACAUCUCAGACGCUCUCAGCGAGAAAGACAAAGUCAAGUUUACUGUACAUACGAAAACAACCCUACCAGAAUUCCAAAAACCAGACAAUCUAGUUGUGAGGCAACACGAAGAAUUUGUGUGGCUCCAUGAUCGAUUUGAAGAAAAUGAAGAGUAUGCUGGUUAUAUUAUUCCACCAUGUCCACCAAGGCCAGACUUUGAUGCAUCUCGUGAGAAAUUACAAAAACUUGGUGAAGGUGAAGGAAAUAUGACACGUGAAGAAUUCAAUAAAAUGAAACAAGAACUAGAAGCAGAAUACUUAGCCACAUUCAAAAAAACUGUUGCUAUGCACGAAAUGUUCUUGACUAGGUUGGCACAUCACCCAGUUUUUCGGAAUGAUCAUAAUUUGAGGGUCUUUUUAGAGUAUGAUCAAGAUCUUUGUGUACGAGGAAAGAAUAAAAUGGAAAUGUUUGGUGGUUUGGUGAAGUCAUUUUCCAAAACCACCGACGAAUAUUACUUGUCAGCUACAGUAAAGGAUGUGAAUGACUUCUUUGAUCAAGAAAUGACAUUUCUUCAAACUUACCAUCAUAAUUUAAAAGAAGCUACGAGAUUAGCUGAUCGUCAAACAUCUAAACACAAAGAUGUAGCAGAUUCAUAUAUAAGAAUUUCCACUAAUCUUUUACAACUAGCUACAACAGAUACUGGAAAACUCGAGAGAUUUUUAACUAAAAUUGCCGAAACUUUCGAGAAGUUACGAAAAGUUGAAGGACGGGUAGCAUCGGAUGAAGAUUUAAAAUUAUCAGAUACUCUUCGUUAUUAUAUGAGAGAUACAGCCGCAGCUAAGAGACUUCUUUUCAGAAGAUUGAAAGCUUUACAUGAGUAUGAAUCUGCGAAUCGUGCUCUUGAGAAAGCUCGUGCCAAAAACAAAGAUGUUCAUGCAGCACUGGAGGUUGCUGAGGCGGAACAAGCACAAACUGAAGCAUGUGAGAAAUUUGAACAGAUGUCUGAUAAGGGAAAAGAAGAAUUAAUGGAUUUCAAAACUAGGCGAGUAGCUGCAUUUAAGAAGAAUCUCAUUGAGCUAACAGAACUGGAAAUAAAACAUGCUAAAUCUCAUGCAGAAUUGCUCAAGAAAUGUUUAUCCGUACUUCGGGAAGAGUGAUCUAGUUUUAGCGUUGCCAUGGACAAAUCUUUGUGCAUACACUGUGCAUCCUGUAUGCAGAUAACAAUUUAUUUAAGAUUAAUAAUAUAAUGAAACGGUACUGUAAAAUACUAUAUAUUUUUUGUUAUCCAAAUUUUACUAGCUCUAUCGUGCUUUGGAAAUAAAGUAUUGUAUUUAAGCUGCAAAGUGACUUUGAAAAUCUGACAUUUGCUAUCAUUGAGCUGUAAAAUGCUAUGUAAGUGCUACUAUUGGUUUUGCUUACUAGAUAGUAAGAAAUUGCAGUUUUAUGAAAGUUUGGAUAAAACAUGUAUUAUGGAGAAG